AUGGCUUCUCAGCUCCUGUGCCCAAGAAGACACCUGGGUUCACCUGUGGGCCGGCCUUAUGGUGGCGGCAGCAGCAGCCACACGUGCCUCUGUGUGCCCGGCGCAGCAGCAGCGCCGGACCCGCUCCCAGGCGGGGGCCCCGUGUCCCCGAGGAGCCAGCCGGACGGCCGCGCGCACGUCCCUCCCCACCCCCAGCGCGGCGGGCCCGGCGACUGGGGGAGCCUCCGCCGGCCUCGGGCCCCGGCUCGCAGGGACCGCCCCUUCCUCCACCCGCCGGUACCCGCUGGGCAGCAGAGGUGCACGGGCGCCGCCCAGGCCGGGGCGCUGGCCGGGCGGGAGCGCUCUCCGGCGGCCCAGCACGCGCAGCGCCGGCUCCCGGCACCGUCCCGCCGAGUCGGCUUCGUUGGCUCGGCCUGGCCGCCGGGGGUCGGGGGUCCAGGCCCGGGGGCCCGGGGGCGGGCUGGCGUGGAGCACGCAGGACCUCACCAGAGGGGUUGCCUUGCAGACCGUCUGAGAAGCCCGGGGCUGGAGACGAGGAAGCCCCUUCUACGAAGCGGCACGAACCUGAACACGGAGGUGGAACGGCCGCAGAGGAAGCCCGCCGACCUGGGUGGAGCUCGGAUGGGAGAGAACCCCCGAGAGCUGGCCGGAGCCCUGGGCGACCUCCGACCGGCCAGCCUGAGCCCACCCGCCCCAUCCCGAGGUCUCCGGGACACGGGGCAAGGAGCCUGCUUUGUUUCUAACUGGCUGGAGCUGUGCUUUUCUGUUCUUCAUCACCGACAGCAUCCUGACAAAGACGCCUCCCUGGAGCCCUGUUCUUCCCUGAAGAGUGAACUGAGGCAGCCCCAUUUGAUGAAAAGACGACUCAUCAGCUGAGUGCGAGCAGAAACCCUGUCUGCAUUGCUCACUCCGCCGUCCCCGCCGCCGGGAACGGCGCCUGGCGCAGAGGAGGCCCUGGGUGCACAUCUGGUGAAGGAGCCGGUGAAGGAGCCAGAUGCGUGGUGUCGGGAAAUCGAACCCAAUCCGGGCUCUGCCUCGGCAGCUGUAGUGUGACUUCCCUUCAGCGCCUUGGCUUCUGCAUCUGUGAAGGGAGGCGGACGCAGGACACGCUGGGCUGCCUCACAGGCCUGCGGUCUCCGUGGCAGGGAAGACCCAGUGGGUGGGAAGGCACAGCUCACACAGGGAAGUGGCAGGGGUGUUAUUUGAAAUGGCUCCCUUGGGGGGGUGGGGGACAAAGUUUUCUAAGCCUAAGAAGUGAAGCCACUUCCUGGGUGAGGGGGGUCUGGGGGUGGAAGAGUUCAUUUGGAGAGCUUUCUGUUUCUCCCCGGAAUCUGCCUCCCCCUGUGGUGCCCUGGGAAGAAGAUGCUGUACUCCCCGUCUUUUCCGCCUUCUCAGGUAUCCAAGGAAUGCAGCCGCACACCCAGGCUUCAGGGCAGGCUGCCUUGGAGGAGGGCGGUCAGCCGGGGCUUGGUGCAAUGUGUUGGGGUCAUCAGCGUUCUUUGACUUUCUGCUCCUUCCUCCUCACCGAACUGGCCUUACUGCCCCCGGUCACAAGCGGUGAGCCAUGCUGCAGGCAUCUGGCUCAGGACGCGGUGGGCUGGCCAAGGCAGGGGACACCAGGGGCAGAAGCGUUUCCCAUAAGAGCCCAGCAUGUUUUCCUCUCCUCUCACCGAGUGCUCACCCCUGAAUGCGGACCAUGGGUCUCUCUCCCUGAGGCCAAGGGAUUGCCCCCUGAUCCCUGUGAACAGGAGGGAAGAGGGGAGACACUGUACCUCCUUCCCCAGGCCACACGUACAUGUGAGGUGGCUGAAGCCUGGGAGGGCAGAUGAACUCCACGCCUGAGGCUCAGGACUCAGUCAGCAUUCCACAUCCCGGGUCCUGCUCUAGGGGGCAGGCCUUCUGAUAGGGCUGGCACCCUCUUGUGCACCCCCUUCCAAGCCACACAGUUGUAUGGGGCAGUUCAGUUGAGAAACUCAGGUGUACAACGAAACCCCAAAAGGUAUCAUCAGAGGGGUCCCCUCCUGUCCGUUUCAGUGACAUUGCCCUGCUCCUGAGCUUGGGUGAACGGAACUGGCCUUGGUCACUACCGUCCCUCCACUUCCUGCUCUCGCCCAGUAGGGAGCAUGCUUAUCAGUAUGGCUGGGGCUCUGGAGAUUGUCAUGGUUCCAACAUAGGGGUCACUCCCCCUCUGGGCUUGCGUUUUGUUUUGUCAUCUUUAAAAUGUGGCAACAGCCCUAACCGGUUUGGCUCAGUGGAUAGAGCUUCAGCCUGUGGACUGAAAGGUCUCAGGUUUGAUUCCAGUCAAGGGCACAUACCUUGGUUGCGGGCAUAUCCCCAGUAGGGGUUGUGCAGGAGGCAGCUGAUCGAUGUUUCUCUCUCAUCGAUGUUUCUA